AAGGCGGAGCAGAAGCAAAGGCCUCCGAUGGCGCUGACCUGGAUUCCGCCCCCGUCCCUCCACCGCAGACCCCGCAACCGCCCAAAGCCGCAUCAGAAGCACCUCCUCUCCUCGCUCGUCCUGCGUCUCCCUCGCCGUCGGAGCUGCCUGCACCUCUUCCCUCGGAGCCAGCCUCUGUCUCACCACCUUGUCCCGCGAGCCCGGAGCCCCACAAAGUGCCUGCUGCAUCACCCUCGCCGGUGCCGCCGCCGCCCCCUCCCUCGGAGAGUCGCCCCCCAGGCCCAGCCUCUACCCCCAGCCUUCCCGCUCCUUCCGCAAGCCGCGAGGAGGAACCCACUCGUGCCGAAGAGACCACCGUCCUCCCGCAAGACUCCGGGAAGCCUGCGGCGGAAGUCCUCCAGAGCACCCGACCUUCCGUGCCCUCCCGAGACUCGCUUCCAAGCAGCAAAGAUUCCAGAGAGGAGGGCCGACCGUGGUGGGCCCCUGCUGCUGGACUCGAGCUCAUCCAGCGAGCGGGAGCUGCCGUACCGCUGCCCCGAGAUCGAGAGCCUCAGGGAAGCCACGGGGAUCGUCCUCCUGGAUGAGAAGAAGUCCUUGGUGGGCUGGGGAACCCAGGAAGCCAACCACAAAG